CCUGCGGCGGGAUGGAGCCCGGAGCUCGCCUCUGCCUCGCCCUCUGCCUCGCCGGCGUCCUCCCGACCCCGGGCUGCCGGGGGGCGCCGGGAAGGUUCGCCUACAAACUGCUCCACGACCUCUUCGCCAACUACUCCAGCGCCCUGCGCCCCGUGGAGGACACGGACCGGGCGCUCAACGUCACCCUCAAGGUCACCUUGGCCCAGAUCAUCGACAUGGACGAGAGGAACCAGGUGCUCACCUCCUACCUGUGGGUCCGCCAGACCUGGCUGGACGCGCACCUCACCUGGGACAAGGACGAGUACGGCGGCAUCGACAGCAUCCGCAUCCCCAGCAGCUACGUCUGGCGGCCGGACAUCAUCCUCUACAACAACGCCGAUGAGCACUUCGGCGGCUCCAUGGAGACCAACGUGGUGCUGCGCUCCGACGGGCACAUCAUGUGGGACUCGCCCGCCAUCACCAAGAGCUCCUGCAAGGUGGACGUGUCCUACUUCCCCUUCGACGGGCAGCAGUGCCGCCUGACCUUCGGCUCCUGGACCUACAACGGGAACCAGAUCGACCUCCGCAACCAGCUGGACACCGGGGACCUGACGGACUUCGUGGAGAACGUGGAGUGGGAGGUGCUGGGCAUGCCGGCCACGAGGAACGUCAUCACCUACGGCUGCUGCUCCGAGCCCUACCCCGACGUCACCUACACCCUGCUCCUGCGCCGCCGCGCCUCCUUCUACAUCUUCAACCUGCUCCUGCCCUGCAUCAUGGUCUCCUUCCUGGCGCCCCUGGGCUUCUACCUGCCGGCCGACUCGGGGGAGAAGGUGUCGCUGGGGGUGACGGUGCUGCUGGCCCUCACCGUGUUCCAGCUGCUGGUGGCCGAGAGCAUGCCCCCCUCGGAGAGCGUCCCGCUCAUCGGGAAGUACUACAUCGCCACCAUGACCAUGAUCACGGCCUCCACCGCGCUCACCAUCUUCAUCAUGAACGUGCACCACUGCGGGCCGGGGGCCCGGCCCGUGCCGCCCUGGGCGCGCCGGCUCAUCCUGCACCACAUGGCCCGGCUCUGCUGCGUCUACGAGGUGGGCGAGAGCUGCAAGAGCCCCCAGCGGGCACCGGGCGGGCGGGCAGCUGCGGGGGACGCCGGGGGAGCGGGGGAAAGCCCCGGGGAGGGGCAGGUGGGCACGGAGGUGCGGGGCUGCCCCUGGGACCACUGCCUGUGCCACCACGACGCCCUGCUGAGGAACGUGGGGUACAUCGCCGGCUGCUUCCGGCGCCACCGCGCCAACCAGCGCCGCACCGGCGAGUGGAAGAAGGUGGCCAAGGUGAUGGACCGCUUCUUCAUGUGGGUCUUCUUCCUCAUGGUCUUCCUCAUGAGCGUGCUGGUCCUGGGCAACGCUGCCUGAUGGCUCCGCGGACCCAGCACUGCGAACCCCCCGGGGAUGGUUGGGGUGCCUCCUGAGGGAGACACAAAUGCCCCCGGUCCCCCCCAGAGCUGCAGGGCGGGAGCUGCACCAUCACUGGGGAAGAGGUGCCCGAGAGUGGGACCCCCAGCUGCAGGGCUGAGGGGGGCCAGCCCCUGUCCGACUGUACCAGAGUGGGCACCCGCGUCCCCCCCCGGCAUCCUGCACCCGGGAAAUCCACCAAACUGGAAAUAAACCGUGGAACGCGUG